AUGGCAUCGUCAUCGGCCGCAGCGGGCCUCCUGGCUCGCCAGCUCAAGCAGAUGCAGAACGACAAGAGCAUAUCAGGCAUCAGCUGCGGACUCGUCGACAGCAACGUAUUCGAGUGGGAGGUGAUGCUCAUGAUUGACGACGACACCAAGUUCUAUGGAGGAGGUUUCUUCCGCGCACGCCUAACCUUCCCCACCGAAUACCCCCUCAUGCCGCCCAAGAUGCGCUUCGAGACACCCAUCUUCCACCCCAACAUCUACCCGAACGGCGAAGUCUGCAUCUCGAUCCUCCACCCGCCCGAAGAAGACAAGUACGGCUACGAAUCUGCCGCCGAACGCUGGUCCCCCGUCCAAACACCCGAAACCAUUCUCCUCUCCGUCAUAUCCAUGCUGUCGAGCCCAAACGACGAGUCGCCCGCUAACGUCGAGGCUGCAAGCCUGUGGAGGGAUAAUCCAGCAGAGUUCAAGAAGCGCGUGCGCAAGUGUGUCAGGGAUAGCCUCGAGUUUGAAUGA